AUGGAGAGAGCACCUCCAGUCAUCCUCUUCCUGUUACUUAUUGUCCAGUUCGGCAUAGCUCAGAAUACCACCAGCGAAGCAGAUGAAUUCCAUGUCGGGGUAAUCCUCAACCUGGGCUCACUGGUGGGAAAAGUGGCACGAACCAGCGUUUCGUUGGCCCUCCAAGAUUUCUACGCAGUCCACCCGAACUACAGCACAAAGCUUGUUCUGCACAUCAGGGAUUCCAUGGCCAGUGACAUCCUGGCUGCAUCAGCAGCUAUUGAAUUGCUGGAGGAGUACAAAGUCCAAGCCAUCAUUGGUCCCCAGAAAUCAUCAGAAGCUGUAUUCAUAUCUAAACUUGGAAAUAUAACUCAAGUCCCCACAGUAUCCUUCACAGCAACAAGCCCCUCUCUCACUUCUGGUAAUAUGCCAUAUUUUGUGCGUGCAACAACGAAUGACUCAGCUCAGGUGAAUAGCAUUGCUUCAGUUAUACAAGCCUAUGGAUGGAGACAAGUAGUCCUAGUAUAUGACGACACUGACUAUGGGAGAGACAUUGUACCAUACCUCAUUGAUGCACUUCAAGAUGUUGAUAUACGUGUUCCAUAUCGUAGUGUCAUCCCUUUGUCAGCGACAAGUGAAAACAUUAUGCCAGAAUUGUAUAAGUUGAUGACAAUGCAAACAAGGGUAUUUAUUGUUCAUAUGUCAUCCACUAUGACUUCCCUUCUCUUUACAAAGGCACAAGAGGUAGGAAUGAUGAACAAAGGAUUUGUGUGGAUUAUCACAAAUGGAGUAGCAAACAUUCUCGAGUCACUAAAUCCAAGUGUUAUUGAGGCAAUGAAUGGUGUAAUAGGAGUAAGGCAUCAUGUCCCUAAAUCACAAGAACUUGAUAACUUCUCCAUAAAGUGGAGCAGAAUGUACCAGCAGGAUAAUCCAGAUGAAUCACCCUUCAAUAAGUUGAGCAUUGUUGGUUUAUGGGGAUACGAUGCAGCAUGGGCAUUAGCACAGGCAGUGGAAAAGACUGGGAUAUCUAGUGUAAGAAAUAAGCCAUGGUCCAGUAAAAACUCCACAUGCUUUGAAUCCAUGGCAAUUUCUACAAAUGGUCCUGAACUCUUGGCAGCAAUUGUACAAAACAAGUUCACAGGUUUCAGUGGUGACUUUGACCUUACAGACAGACAGCAGCUUAAAGUUUCAGUUUUCCAAAUAAUUAAUGUGGUUGGGAGAGGUUAUAGAGAAAUCGGGUUUUGGACAUUGAAAAAUGGACUUUCACGGAAGUUAAAUAUAGAGGGCUUGAAAAUAACAGGAUCAGCCUCAAUGCUUGAUCUAAAUCCUGUAAUUUGGCCAGGAGAGUCGACCGAAAUACCAAGGGGCUGGGAAGUUCCUACAAGUGGUAAGAGGCUUAGAGUCGGUGUGCGCACGAGUGCAUAUCCAGAGUUUAUAAAGACAUUCAAAGAUCCUGCCACAAAUGCAACAAAAGUGAGUGGCCUUUCGGUUGACAUAUUUGAGGAGGUAGUAAAGAGGCUACCUUUUGCACUUACUUAUGACUACAUAGAAUUUGACACAACUGAUACAGCAACUACGGGGAGCUACAAUGAUUUUGUUUACCAAGUCUAUCUUCAGAAAAUCGACAUAGCAGUUGCAGAUAUUACUGUAAGAUACAACAGAACAUUGUAUGUCGACUUCACUGUACCAUACACCGAGUCGGGAGUAGGAAUGAUAGUUCCAGUCAAGGAAGACAUGAUCAAGAGUAUGUGGAUCUUCUUGAAACCAUUGAGCACUGGAAUGUGGUUUGGCAGCAUCAUAUUCUUUAUAUACACAGGAGUUGCUGUUUGGCUGCUGGAAUAUCUAAAUGGCAAUGAAUAUGUACAUGGUCCCUUUUCACUCAGACAGCUGGGGAUUACAAUGUUUUUCUCCAUUUUUGAAGAGAAGGAGAAGCUGGAACGCUUUCUAUCUAGAAUUGUUAUACUUGUAUGGAUGUUUGUUCUUCUCGUACUUACGUCAAGCUAUACAGCAAGCUUUGCAUCAAUGCUUACUGUACAACAGCUUUCACCGACAGUUACUGAUGUUCAUGAACUCCGGAAGAAAGGAGAAUAUGUAGGUUUCCGUCGUGGUUCCUAUAUAGAGGGUCUACUGGUGGAUAUUGGUUUCGAAAGAUCAAAGAUCAGGCCCUAUGAUACACAUGAAGAAUUUUAUGGUGCUCUUUCUAAUGGAAGCAAAAAUGGUGGCAUUGCUGCGCUUGUACUUGAAGUACCAUACAUCAAACUAUUUCUCAAAAAGUACAGCAAAGGUUACACAAUGGUGGGGCCUAUUUACAAGAGUGCAGGUUUUGCAUUUGCUCUUCCCAAGCAAUCUCCACUGCGAGCUGAAAUAUCGAGGGCAAUACUCAACAUAACAGGAGGAGAUAGUAUCAUUCAAAUUGAAAACAAAUGGAUAAAUCAAAAUAGCAAUCAAAAUGAGGAUAAAUUGGAUGGUUCGGGCGCUAUCACUUUUGAAAGUUUCGGUGGAUUGUUCCUUUUAACUGGGAUUGUGACAACAUGUUCCCUUUCAGUGGCCAUGCUGAUGAACUGCUACAAGAAAUGUAAACAAAAUGCAAGGAGCAAAGGAGAUGACCAAAAUGAUUGUGGACAUGGGCAACAAGGAGAAAAUGGAGAUUCACAAGGAAAUCGAGACGAUGAAAAUGGAAACUGCAGUGAUAUAGAGAACCGAACAACAUUGCCAGUGCCACUCAGUUCAAACACGAACGGUGACCAGCUACCAGACAAUAGAUGCACACAAACUAACAAGGCAGCAUCACUGACUCACACCAGCUCACAAAUCAUUCAUAGGGGAGACAAAAGUGGUAUGUCAUUGAGUGGUUCAAGUUAG